AUGCCUGGCUACCGUCGCAUUCUCUUUGCUGUGGACGAAAGCCAGUACUGCCGCCGUGCAUUCCAAUGGUUUCUUCACUUCAUGUGGCACAGCGGUGCCAAAUCCAAUGGAGCUAGAAAGGCAGAAGACGAAGCAGGGGGAGAAGAUGCCAUUACUUUGAUCCACGUCAUCUCUCCCGACCUCAAUACCCCAAUGGAAGCAGAGGUGCCGGUAUCGAUGGUGGAGGUGAACGGGGGAAGAGGAAGCAAAGGGGUGCCACGGGUAAUGGAGAAGGCGUUCACUGAGGGCAAGGCGGUGUGUCAAGCCUUCCUGCAACUUGCAAGUGAAGCUGGUGCAACAUGCUGCAAUGCUUGCAUCACUGUGGAGAGCCGGUCCUCCAUUGGAAAGGCUAUCCUUCGAUCUGCGCAAAUUCGUGGCGCCGAUAUGAUUGUUAUGGGAUCGCAUGGACAUAAAGCCAUCCAUAGGGCAGUUCACCUUGGUUCUGUGAGCAAGUAUAUCACCCGACACAGUCACAUCCCUGUCGUUGUCAUUCCGCCUGAGGCCUUGACUUGA